GACGGUACAAGGCCUCGACGGAUCUCCAAUGGCAAUCAAAGUCGCAAAAGGCCACGCACGACGAUCACCAGAGUUAAUGGACGGAAGGCUGGACUACGUGAAUUCCACCACAGAGAAGCUCGUGCUCGAAAAACCCACAAAACAAUACUCCGUCAUCACAGCAAUGGAAAUCCUCGAACACGUCGAUAACCCCUCCCUCUUCCUCUCCCACCUAACCUCCCUCCUCGCACCAAACGGGUACCUCUUCCUCUCCACCAUCUCCCGGACUCCACUCUCCUACCUCCUCACCAUCUUCGCCGCGGAACAUCUGCUGAGGAUGGUCCCCGUCGGAACGCAUUCGUGGAAGAAGUAUAUCAACCCGGAGGAGUUGAGGGGGUGGUUUGAGGCGAGGGAGGAGAUGGAUGUGGUGGAGGUUAGAGGCGUGAUUUAUGUGCCGUGGGAGGGCAAGUGGAGGACUAUGCACCCGGGGGAGAAGUGGGCCGAGGGGUGUAAUUAUUUUUUGGUGGCGAGGAAGAAGGGAGCUGCUGAACCCCAGGUUGAGGUUCAGGCAUGAGUAGCGGCGAGGACAGGCGGAUCGUGACCAAAACUUCCUGUCAAGUAGACAGCCUAUAACCACGUCAUUGAACGGACAACGAAACACUUUUAUCCCUCUAUCAAAUACGCCAAUUGCUCC